AUGGGGAUGUGUCUUCCGGACAGCGACCGCUCAGAUGUCACACAGAUCGUUGUGGUCAUGGUCGGCCUGCCCGCUCGUGGCAAGAGUUUCAUAUCCGGAAAGGUCAAGCGUUACCUGAAAUGGACGUCGGUCAAGGCCGAGGUUUUCAACGUGGGCAAUUAUAGGCGGACGGAUAACCCGCAUCCGGACGCCAAAUUCUUCGAUGUUAACAACCCUGAGGGAGAAAAGGCUCGAAAGGCAGCAGCUGAAGCGGCCGUCAACGACAUGCUCGAAUGGUUCAAGGACAAAGAAAACAAAGUGGCCAUCUUGGAUGCUACCAACUCAACGAAAUCGCGUCGAAAAUGGAUUCAUGACAAGAUUAUGGAAGCGAACCUCCUCCAUAUAUUUGUGGAGAGCAAAUGCGACAAUGAGGAUCUCAUCAUGUCAAACAUCCUCGAGGUCAAGACUUCGUCCCCUGACUAUGUUGGACAAGACCCUGAGGAAGCAGCUAGAGACUUCCGAGAUCGGAUACGAAAUUAUGAAAAGGUGUACCAGACCAUUGAUGAGUCUGAAAAACAUCUGACCUACGUCAAGAUCAUCAACAUCGGAGAACGAGUCGUGAUCAACCUCAUCCAAGAUUAUCUCCAGUCCCGCCUCGUUUAUUAUCUUACCAACCUACACAUCAAGCCACGGAGCAUAUGGCUCUCUAGGCACGGUGAAUCUGAAUAUAAUCUCGAGGGCAAAAUUGGGGGUGACGCGAACCUUUCGGAGCGCGGUCAGCGGUAUGCGAAGAUGCUGCCAGACCUGGUCAGGCGCUCCGGACUUCCUAAGGACGCCCCGCUCACUAUCUGGACCUCGACGCUGCGCCGCACGAGCCAAACAGCAAAGUAUCUUCAACAGGAACUUGGUUGGGAGAAGCUACAGUGGAAGGCACUAGACGAGCUCGACAGUGGUGUCUGUGAUGGGAUGACAUACAAAGAGAUAUCGGAGAAGUUCCCCGAAGACUUUCAAGCACGCGACGAUGAUAAGUACAACUACCGAUACCGAGGAGGUGAAUCUUACCGCGACGUUGUCAUCCGUCUGGAACCAAUCAUUAUGGAACUGGAACGCAGCGAGAACAUCAUUAUCAUCACUCAUCAAGCCAUUGUCCGCUGCAUUUUCGCGUACUUUAUGGAGAUCCCACAAGAGAAAUCGCCGUGGAUGGAAGUGCCACUUCACACGCUAAUGAAAUUGACGCCGAAGGCAUAUGGUACCGAAGUCGAACGCUUCAAAGCCGACAUCCCCGCUGUGAGCACGUGGCGCCCGAAAGGAUCGACCGCGAAACACCACGACAGCGUGAGCGAAGGCAUGCCUCACACCAUUGUGGGCGACGUCAACACGCUGAAGGAUGCCAAUGUGGACGGCACUUCUAAGGGGAAUGCCGGACCACAGACGACAUCGGAGCUCUCAAUCCCCGGAUUGCCUCUACCUUGA